GGAAGGGGGGGAAAGUGUCCGCACUGGAAGGGGGGGAAAGUGUCCAGACUGGAAGGGGGGGGAAAGUGUCCGCACUGGAAGGGGGGGGAAAGUGUCCAGACUGGAAGGGGGGGAAAGUGUCUGGACUGGAAGGGGGGGAAAGUGUCUGGACUGGAAGGGGGGGAAAGUGUCUGGACUGGAAGGGGGGGAAAGUGUCCAGACUGGAAGGGGGGGAAAGUGUCCGGACUGGAAGUGGGGAAAAGUGUCCGGAGUGGAAGGGGGAGAAAGUGUCCGGACUGGAAGGGGGGAAAGUGUCCAGACUGGAAGGGGGGGAAAGUGUCCGGACUGGAAGGGGGGGAAAGUGUCCGCACUGGAAGGGGGGGAAAGUGUCCAGACUGGAAGGGGGGGAAAGUGUCUGGACUGGAAGGGGGGGAAAGUGUCUGGACUGGAAGGGGGAGAAAGUGUCCGGACUGGAAGGGGGGGGAAAGUGUCCGGACUGGAAGGGGGGGAAAGUGUCCG